AAUGGCGCUGAAACAGGACCUGAAGCCCAAAUUCCAGGAGGGUGAGCGAGUGCUGUGCUUUCAUGGGCCUCUUCUCUAUGAAGCAAAGUGUGUAAAGGUUGCCAUAAAGGACAAACAAGUGAAAUACUUUAUAUAUUACAGUGGUUGGAAUAAAAAUUGGGACGAAUGGGUUCCAGAAAGCAGAGUACUCAAGUACGUGGACACCAAUCUGCAGAAACAGUGAGAACUUCAAAAAGACAAUUAGGGGCAGUAUGCAGAGGGGAAGAUGAGAGGCGCUGCCCCAGGGAAGAAGACCGCCUGCCUGCAGCAGAAAAGUGUUGAAGUGAAAACCAAAAAGAACAAACAGAAAACACCUGGAAAUGGAGAUGGUGGCAGUACCAGCGAGACACCUCAGCCUCCUCGCAAGAAAAGGGCCCGAGUGGAUCCUACCGUUGAGAAUGAGGAAACAUUCAUGAACAGAGUUGAAGUGAACCUAAAGAUUCCUGAAGAAUUAAAACCGUGGCUUGUUGAUGAUUGGGACUUAAUUACCCGGCAAAAACAGCUGUUUUAUCUUCCUGCCAAGAAGAACAUGGAUUCCAUUCUAGAGGAUUAUGCAAAUUACAAGAAAUCUCGAGGAAACACAGAUAAUGAGUACGCUGUGAAUGAGGUGGUGGCCGGCAUAAAGGAGUACUUCAAUGUGAUGCUGGGGACUCAGCUGCUCUACAAAUUUGAGAAGCCGCAGUACGCGGAGAUUCUCGCAGACCACCCGGACGCGCCCAUGUCCCAGGUGUACGGGGCGCCGCAUCUACUGAGAUUGUUUGUACGAAUUGGAGCCAUGUUGGCCUAUACUCCUCUGGACGAGAAGAGUCUUGCAUUGUUGCUGAAUUAUCUUCAUGACUUCCUAAAAUACCUGGCAAAGAAUUCUGCAACCUUGUUUAGUGCCAGCGAUUAUGAAGUCGCCCCGCCUGAGUACCAUCGGAAAGCUGUGUGAGGCGAGGCACUGAUGCUGUUUGGAUUUCUGUAAACACAUUUUUGUUUAGUCCUCCUCUUGUACAAAUGAUGUACUUUGCAAAUGUUAGUGUAUAACAGAAUUGAUGUUUGUUUUCUGUUUGAUCUUAAACAGAGAAAAUAAAAAGGGUUAUAGUUCC